AUGCCCGCCACCACCACCACCGCCCACGCCCUCGCGCACCCCCUCUCCCUCCUCCUCCGGCACAUCGACACCCACCCCUCCACCCUGACAACCCGCCAAGCCCAAACAGCCUACCUAACGACCCUCACCCGACAACACAACUUCCCCUACUACUCCCCCACCUACGGCCACACGUCCCACGACGCGAAAUCCCUGCGCGCCGCUCUGGUAGCCAUAAUGCGAAAUUGCAAAGCCCCCGGAGUAGAAGUGACACCGGGAAAGAAGCCGAUCGAUGAGUUGUUUGCGAAGGGACGGGGGGUGUUGAUGGAGGGGUUUGUGAGGGGUGUUGAGGAGGCUGCUGCUGGGGGAGGGUUGGAGAGUGGAGGAGAAGACGAAGAAGAGGAAGAGGAUGAUGACGAUGGGACGGGCGAGCCGGUGGAUGUGGAAGAAGAGAGGAAGUUGAGGGCUAUUCUGGAGGAUGAACAUUCGAGUGAUGGGGAGUAUGAGCCUGUUGCUGUUGGGAGGAGGAAAUUGAGAAGGACGACAAGAGCGAGGCGGAUAGGGGGGAAAGAGUCUUCGGCGGUACCUGUUUCGAGGACUAGGGUUUGUCGUGUCGCCGCGGCGGAGGAAGAGACGAGUACCUACUUGAAGGGAAUGCCAGAGGUAGUCCAAGACCACGCCGAUCUUCGCUUUAUACCGCAGUCCAGUGCGUCCGUUUCGCAGGCAUCACGGAGGCAUAGCAGUACCUCUCCUUCACCAGGGGGAAGAGAGACGGCGGCUGUCGAGGUCAGCAAUACGUCCCGAGCAUCUGAAGACCGCAGAAGCGUCGUCUCAAUCGACAGCCACUCGCAGCUGAGCAGCACCGCACAGAUCAAGACGUCCAAGCGGAAGCUGUCCUAUAUUCAACUUAUAACCGACGCCGGCGGCGAAGGUGACGAUCAGGUUAUAGAAGCACAGACCUCUUCAGAACAGCGGCGAAAGGCGAGGAGGAGACGGAGGUCCAGCUUUAGUCAUCCGAGUGGUAGUACGGCACCAGCUGUUGAUGGCUCGAAUGCUCGGUUAGAAAUGAGGAUCUCGGAGGGUGGCGAUGAUGAUGAUGCGACCUCACGGCUGCAGCUGCAGUUGAAUCUGCCUCGCGGCGAAGACAUUGGGUGCUGGGUGCAGGAGCUGAAGCAGAGAAUCGAAUCCGCCGUUGCUGCGUUCUUCACACUCAUCGACCUAGACCCGUCGAAAUCAGCAGACGUCGUUCUCCGCCCGAGUGCAGACCUCAGAGCGCUCUAUGGCAAGUCCCUCGGCGGGACAGACUGGAAAUCGACCGUAUCGUAUCUGAAAUCGAAACGUCGUUUGCCCGCAAGCGCCUUCCUCCAGAGCCUCAUUGCAGCCUUCCUCGCCGAUGAGGUCUUGGACGGAGCAAGUGUAGGUUGGGAAUCGACGCUCGCGUUGCUGAGGGAGGACAGCCCGUUCCAGAAGUACGCUGCACCGCUUCUAGGACAUACCGAGGCGCGCGUCCUGCUUCGAGAAGCUGCAGCAGCUCAGCUUCGCGAUGGAGACUUCCUGGAGUCUGAGUUGAGGCCAUGCGCCAGGGAAGUGGCCGCUGAUCUCCGCCUCGUUCUACACGACCAUUUGGAGCUCUUCGAUCAAGCAGACGCACAGUGGCAUGGUACAUUGAUACAAGACUUGCAGGAUGUGUGUGAGGUUGCAUUGCAGCUGCGUGGAUGGUUGGACGUCCUGGGAGGGAGAGUGGACUGGGUGUGGUAUAGCUGCAGGCAGUGCCGCGAGGCGGAUCUGCAGGUUGAGGACGAGGGUGCAAGGUUGGUGGAGCGAGAUGUUGCUUUUACCAUCUUUCCAGGCCUCGCCUGUGCUGUCGCCGACGAGGAAAUGGCCGUUCCGGCGUCUGUAGUGUGGUUCUAG